UGGUCUAGUAGUAUGAUUCCUUGUUAGGGCAGCAGUCAAUUUCGAGGAGGUCCCGGGUUCAAUUCCCGGCCAGGCCCAAUGAUUUUUGCGCUUUCAAGAUUCAUCCAAGUGAGUGACUCGAAAGUGUUGUCAACUGAGUCAUUACCUAGUGUAACAUCUAUAUGGGCAGUUGGUAUCUACUAUCCGCAGCAGAAGCGGCGGCAGCGCAGCAGGGCGCAGCUCGUGCACAGUUUCGGGGUCCGCCUCUGCCUAUCUGCCCCUCGCCAACCUUGGUUAAAGGACUAUCAGAUUCAUAUGACAAGGAAGAACCGCAGCUCCCGACCACGAGGUACCCUCAAGAUAAUAAGGAACCCUCACUCGGUUCGAGCACGGAGUACGGACAACAGCCAUUUGAUAUUCCAGAUAGUGCCCCUCCGCCGUACAGUAAUCCCGCGUCAGGUUCUACUUUGGUAUCGGGUGUAGGGCUCGCCGAUGUACCCACACUGAAGACCAUCCGGGUACAAAAGCACCAUGGAUCGAUAUCCGGAACGUACAUCAUCGACCCUGAUGUGUCAGGAGAUGAUCCAUCCAUUCUACAAGGCUUUGCAGCCAAGCUCAGUGACCGAGGGAAAGGGAAAGACUCUGCGGCACCCCAUGCCGUUUUUUGCAAUCGGUUCGGAUCUAUCUUUCUAACUCUAGUGAUCAAAGGAUCGUCAGAACGAUGUCAUCGGGCAAUAGUUGACGUUUCAACCCGCUAUGGGGAUAUUAACGUUAACUUGAGCUCUGUACAUCCUGGGAAACGCAUCACGCUGAAUGUAACUUCCCAUAGAGGACUGUCCAGCAGCAUCCGCAGCAUGAACGGAAAGAGGAGAAAAACUUUGUUACUUAUCGGCGACAGUGCCCCAACCUCCGGAUCCACGGAUCACUGUCGACUCUCUUCACACCACGGAAAGAUUGUGCUCGGUGUAAGCGGGCGAGAUAGCAUGCCACAGCGGGAAGAUAGCAUUUGGAGAAAAAUAGGUUCCUUUUUCCGCGGCGGUGAAAGUUCUUGAGAAUGUGUAGAUACACACGAAGUAGCGCUUGAUUCAGUCUUCUAUUCCAGAUUUGAACAUCACACUCUAUUCCGCGUUGGUGAUGCACCAGGUGU